AUGAGUGAGGGUGAAGAAAGGGAAUCUCUAAGCAGAGAAAUCGAUCCAGCGAUCUGGGCUAUAGCUCCUCGUCUGAAUCAAGAGGAAGGACCAAUCGAUGUGACUGCGAGCCCAGCUUUUCAGUGCCUAGACGAGGUAAUCUUAUUAUUAAACUUGUAUCGUCGUUUAUUAUUUUUCCAGUUCAUUGUUUAAAGAAGUAUACAUUGUGGUGUAAUUUCUAAGGAUUUCUCUUUCAGAGUCCGAAUGACCGGCCUGAUAAAAAUUUGUAAGCUUUAUAAUAGUGGUCCUUAUUUUUCAGGUCGUCGUAGUAUUAUUUCUGUAUUAUUUGGACGAAAGACGGCCCACUGUACACUCUUUCGCUACAAUCCGAUGGAAUCAAAACUGUCUUUUUUGAGUGCUCUGAUCUUUCUCUGGUCAACACUUAUAGGAUACAUUUACGUUCUAAUGCUGAACAUGACCAAAAGAGAACAUACUCUAGUUGUAUUUUCUAGUAACAUUGUACAUGUAUAAUUUUAUAUACUGCUUUCCUGUUUACCUCGUUUCCUCUGUGCAGCUAUUUUCACAAGGAAAACUUGCUGGUGAAAAAGUAGCCAAGCUGAAAGCAAAAUAUACCAGUCUUCAUGAGCGUCUUAAGGCAACCAGAGAGCAGGAAUCUUCACUGCUCCACAAAGCAAAGGAAAUGCAUCAAGAGGUGCAGCGACAAAGGGCUGAACUAGAAAAGGGAGAUAGCUUUCCUGAUGGUGACAACACUGAAGUCAAUAAACUAAGACAAGAACUGCUAAAACAUCAUAAUGAACUUGCUCAGGCAGAUGAAAGACAAUACCAGUUGGAAUUUAAACUGGAGGGUUUACGUGAAGAGAAAAUGAUGCUUGAAAGAGAGUAUUCUAGGAUGCCCAAACCUGGAGAAAUUGAAAAACAGGUUAAAGAACUGCAAAAAUCUGUUGAGGAACUUAAAAUGGAAAUUGCACAAAGAACUAUUGAUGCUAAAAGCCUCAAGGAAGAAGUCAAAAACCGGGAAACACAAGUGAAUGCAUUGCGAAAAGAAGUGGAGGAGGACUUGGAUGAACAACAGAAACUGAGGGUCAGUCACAAUAUUUAGUGAAGUAAAAUUUUUACAUUUGUAGUAAAAAAAACGUUUCUGCAAUUCUAAGGUGGCAGUUACAUUGUACAUGUUGCAGUUUUACAGUGGUUACGGGGGAGGGGGGGAGGGUUGUUGGACUUGUGGUUAGGGCUUUUCAGGACUGUGGUUUAAUCAAGAGGUCCAGGUUCUUCAGGCCCUGUUGGGGUCAUUAUGUUGUUUUCUUAGGCAGGAUACUUCAUUUACUCUUACAGUGCCAGAAAAACACAAGUUUUCUGGCACCAAUCAGAAGCCAGAACAGCGGCGACCGUUUGGAACUGGUCUGGUAAGACAUUGUCCCCAGGGGCUCUUCUGGCCGUUCUUUACUUUUCUUCAUGCCUUAUUUUUCCGCCUGUUUAGACUUUCGCUUGACCCCACUAUCUGCCCCUGGGUCUCCGAGGAUGUUACAUCAUGUAAUUGACUUAAGUUUUAAAAUUCUACAAAGAGAAAAUGAGGGAUUCCAGAAUCUUUUGAGCCAUCUGCGCGAUACACCCCUGUAAAUGUUCAUGUACAGUGCACCUUGUCUGUUUACUAACUACUGUCAGUACUUUGUAUGUUGUUCUUUUGUAUCAUGGGGUGAGAAAAAUGUUAUGUUUCUGUCGUUUCUUGUACAUUGUAUGUACCUGAAAAUUGGUCAAUUGAAUUACCUAAGCUGCUGCCCAUGAUGUAUGAAUAUGUGAAUACACUGUACUUGUCACAAUGCAUUUUUUUUUUUUUAAUUUCCAUUAUCUGCUUUCUUUGAUAUCCUCAGGAUCAGCUGGUUCAAGUACACUCACAACCAGCACACAUCACCAAACAGACUGAUCUUUUGACAAGACAACUCAGGUAAAUUUAUACUAGACAUGAAAUGUUGUUAGGAAAUUGAGAAUCAAUUGAGGUUAAAAAAUUUUAACCCAAAAUCAAGUUUGACCUGUACAUAACAUAUUUGUACAUUAUAUAAUUAUUUAUAUGUACAUGUUCAAGUAGGCAAUCUUUACACUGAGCCUUUAAUUGCUAGAUUUAAAGGUGGUAUAGUUGUGGUUCUGGAAUAAACAUACCUGUAUCAAUACAGUCUUAAAAGCUAAUCAUCGUGAUAACAUAUGCUUUAUAGAGAAAAUGAGGAAAAGAGAGCAAAUCUUGAUGGGAAUGUUAGUGAGGUGACCAAAGAGCUGCAAAGAAUGGAAAGUAAGAAGCAUUACCUGGAGGAGGAGAAGACAGAUCUCUCAGAAGCACUUGAUCGACAGCGACAUAUAUUUGAAUCCAAGGUACGGAGCAAUGUACAUGUAUGUUGUACAUUGUUCAGGUCCCAGUUGAGUGUGUGAGUGACUAGUGCUCACCACUGCUUUAAUACAUUUAAGAUGUUGACGUUUAAAAAAUGCUAUUACAUUGUACAGUGUGUACUAGGUUUUUUUUUUAUUUGUUUCAGGAAAGAGAGGUAGAUUUUUUGGCAAAAGAAUUUGAACUUGCAAAGGAGAGACAGGCUGAAUUUUUAGGAGACAGGUAUACUGUAAAACCCUACAUUUCUUUAACAAAAAAUUGUCUCGUUUAUUACUUAUCAAGAAAAACUAAGAGUUCAAAACAAUGUACAUGAUGUAUGUGUUAGGUGCAACUAUAGCCAUAUCAAAUGCUAUUAACAUGGUAACAUUUUUUCGCAGGGGAACUUUAGAUUUGAAUUUGAAACAUGCUGCUAUAGAGAAGAAAUCCAACCAUGAUAUUCAUGCAAGGAAGAUGAGAGAAAAGGAAAGAGAUCUCAAGUAUGGCAGUGGUUGAAUUUUUAAUUUUCUGUUGUACAUGAUGUACCUUGAAUCACAAGUACUUUUUUGUUGUUGUUGUUUCACUUUGUGUUCUUAAUCAGUUCUAUACUUUUUAAUCUAAUAAGUAUUGUUUUAUACAGGUCUGCAAAUUGUUAAAAACUAAUAGUUGUUCUAGUCAUUAGACACAAGGAAGCAUUAUUAAAUGUUUCCCUUUUAUAAAUGCUCAUUUUAUAAUAGUAAUAAUAUAGGCAUUAUUGUUGAUGUUUGUCAUGCGUGUGGGUUUAAUUUGUGCUUUUUGUACUGCCAAUUUGACAGAGCUUUGAAGAAGAGUGAAUUGCAAAUGAAAGUGGCAGAAGAUGCACUUGCACAUGUGAGAUCAGUUUAUGACAAAGUGAAGGCACAAGUUGACAGUGCUCCCAGAGAUGAUGGGACUUUGUUAGAAAAGAGGAAAGAAUUACAGAGGGAAGUGGACGUUACCAAGAGAACUCUUGCACAACAGGUUAGCUACACGUAGUGUACUAAAGUAUGAAAGCCUUGUAUCAGUUAUUGUGACAGUGCUUUUGGUGUGAAUCCUGCCAUACAGUUAAUUCAUGUAAAAUUGUUACAAUUAUAACCCCACUUCUUGUCACUGGAACCCAUAGCUCAUCUAUGCCACCAUAGAAGAUAAUUGAUAAUUUUGAUAAUUUUACAAGAUGUACAUGUCUGACUGCACUGUAUAUGAACAUUCAGAAUUAAUGAUAUAUAAUUUAUGAAGGUCCUUGGAAAAAGAUCAGUACAUUGUAUAUUACAGAACAGAAUUAUAAUCACACAAUCCUCUUCCUGACAACCCAGUGAUUCUUGAGAAAGAGAUUUACUGUGUUGUAUGAGUGUCAUUUGAGAUUUUCUUUUGUUUUCAUAAUAAAAUGUUGUUUUGCAUGCAGAAUGCUCUCACUGCCCAUGAACGAGCCCGAGUUGAACAGAUGAUUCAAGAAGAGGAACGAUUGUUAAUGGAACAAAGUGAGCUCAGAGUGGAUGUCAUUGAUUUAACAAGAUUAGCACAGAUUAAGGUAUCUUUACAAUGUAAUAAACUAAAGUUUUGCUCUUUAAUGAGACAUCGUUUGUUGUAAUAAUAAGUACAGUCAACUCCCUUUACAGCAGACACUGUUGGGACCUCAAGUUAGUGUCCUCACUAGCGAGAGUCUGUAAUAGCAGGAGUUAUUUCAGUCAAAUGUCUGUAAUAUAUUUUGCCUGGGAUGUAGCUGCUGUCUAUAUUCUCAGUGUCUGUUACAGCGGGUUGUCCACAAGGCCAGAGUUGUCUGUAUAAGUGAACGUCUUCCAACUCUGUUGUGGCCAAACAUCAUUUUGGGUGGUGACUUAUGAGAGGUUUGACUAUAUAUGUCAUGCAUACAACAGUUAAGAUGUACUUAACUGAAGAUUCUAUUAUUAAGUUUAAUAAUGAAAGUUUCAUUUUCUUCUCAACAGGCAGAUGAGAGAGAGCAAAAAGCAAGGGAUUACAUGCGAGCUGAGGUAGGCUACACUACAGAAGUGUAAGAGCUAUACUGUCAAGUAAAACAGUGGUAAAAAAUGUAAAUUUUUUUUACUUGCACAAUAUUGAUGUGGCCUAGUCCACCGUUUUCACUCGUAAACUAAAAAAAUCAGUUUUCAUGUAACUCUUCUUUGAAAAUGUUUUACAUCUCUAUAUCAACUGUAAGGUUUUAAACAGUUGUGAACUAACACAUGAUCAGAUCUUUUGUAUGGUUGGCUAGGUGUAUGAGUACUAGUAUUAUACACCAUGGCUUCCCUGGUUUUUCAAAGUUAUUUUGGUUUCUUGUAUUUCAGUUGAGAUACCAGCGGGCUCUUGAGGACUUAAAAACCAAAAAUCUCAGCAUUCAGGACAGUGCUAAGAAAUAUGCUGAAAUGCAACAUAGGUUAGUGACACUGAGUUUGGAGAGUUUCUUGUUUUAUACAAUGUGAUGAAAAUAAUUAUAAAUGAAUGUUAUCUAUUUUGGUCCACGUACAAAAUACACCAACCGUAGAUAUAUUUUUUUAAUACUAACCGAGUGCGAGGUCCUUCUGUAAGUGAUGGACCGAUUUUUUUCCGCUUGGAUUUAUAGCCCACGCCCUUGGCGCUUGAGCCAGAAAAAACGAGUUUCUAUAACUUGCAAUACAUACGUGUAUCAAGGAAGUUAUUUAUUUUCUCUAAGUUUAAGUAGAGACUUUGGAGAGAUUCGAGGAUGACGGCCGUCAAAAUCGUAAUAAAGGUUAUAAAAUUGUAAAAUCAACGCUGUUCAAAAGAGUCUUAACCGAUGUUUUGGCAAUGCUGCCUUCUCCAGGGUACAAGACUAAAUACCGUUAACAAGUUCUUUAAAUUAGCUCACGUGCCCUAUUGGAUACUCGCGCGCGUGCCACAUGUGACAGCGCGUGCCAGCGCGCGAGUAAGCAAAAGUGAGCAAUUCACGUGGAACUUAAGUCUUGAUUAAGGUCACAAGGACCCACAAAAAUCUCUUAAGACAAAAUAGAGGGCCAAUGAACAGGCUACUUUGUCAUUCUUCGUGCGGUUUGGACUGCAGGUCUUCAAAUGUGGCACCGUGGUUGGUAUUGAUUGGUGAAUUGCGAAGCUCACUCACGGAUAGUGGGUUUAAAUUGUUAGCGUUAUUAGGUAUUGUUAGCAUUGUGGUGAAGUGUAAGAGCUGCUCUUCCCUCAAGCUUGUUUUAACGUUGUUUUUUAAAUAUUUUUUAUAAUUGUCUUAACAGGCUUUCAGACUUUGCUAAACUGUAUGAUGUGAUAAAAAACGAACGAAACAAAUGCGUCAACUUAAUUCAAACAAGCACUCAGGUAAAUUCAGAUCAAAUAUUGCAUUUUAGUAGAUGCUUUGGCGCUUACACGCAAACCCGCACUGACGUUUUUUUUUCUCCUUUUUAAUGCAGAAAGCGGCGGAAAUGAGAGAAAAAAUUAAGAUACUUCAAAAUGAAAUUGAAAUUCUUCGCUCAAAAGUCAAUGCAAAAGACAGGUUAGUAAUGCUUGUGGCUGAUUAGAUUUCUUUGUCAACAUUCCUCCUGUAAUGUUUGGCCUGUGCCUACAGGUUUCACUGUGUGAAGAACAGUUAAGCAACACUAUUAAACUGGAGGUUUUGAUUUCAGAUGUGCCUGUACAGCUUUUAUUCUUAUUUAUAUCGAUUUUUAAAUUUUUAUCCAUUUUAGUAUGUAUGUUUUGGUUUGUAUUUCCCUUUGCUGUUGGGUACAAUAAUGUGUGGUAAGGAGAAAAUGGAACCGGGACAUGUUUAGAACUGCUGAUGACUCUUACAGCAUUGAAUUUUUUUUUCCAUACCAUCUUUUUGGGAUUUGCAAAACAAGUGCAGUUUGUUUCCAUUGCUAAGUUUUUUUUUAAUUUUCUAUUUCUUUUCACAGACUUCUACAGAAAGCUCGGUUGAAACGGAAUAACGCGGUUGUGAUCCGUGAUAGUUUACGAAAUGAGAUGAGCAAAAGAUCCAAAACUGAAGAGGAGAACAGAGAAAAACGAGAACAACUGGUUGGUGAAAACAAUUAUUUCGGUUGUCAAGAUUUAAAUUAAUGUUAAUGUUGUUUCAGGGGAGGGGUAGGUGGACAGUUUCCCAGAGACGUAUAAUGGUGUGAUUUUGCCAUUCACGCGUAAUUUCUCAAGUUCCAUGGCGAAUAAAGACGCACGAUUGGCAUUAUUUACAAAAUGAACGAGAUAAUCACGACACAGUCCCUUUAACAGUAUCUGUAUGUUCGGAAAGUGAAGGCUAACCUGUCCACACUGAUAGUUUCGCUCCCAAAAAAGAAGUAUCGCACUGUCCAAGCUAUUUGGAAAUCCGGAUAUAUUUGGAAACGUCAUGCUGUCUCGACCCUUCAUAAAAAGUCGAGCAAGCCCACGUUAAGAUGGUGAUCACACGACCUUUUGAUAUCAGCGUUAAGUUUUCGAAACGCUUCAUUUGCCGUCCAUAGUACACCUGUCAGCACCCUUAACUGGGGAGCGUUUCUUUAAUUUUAAUUCUCCAGUCUGGAGAUCGUUUCCGGUGACCAAACAUUCCAUUUUAGAGUGAACUGCGUGAUGAAACUAGACUUAAAAAAUGUUUGGUAUUGACAGUUACUCCGCCAAUUAGUUUGGACAGGUCUGGUGUAACAACAGAAUACAAUUAAGGCCCACUUACUUGAGAAUUUCUUGGAGAUUAUAAUCGUGUGCGAAAUUCGCGCGAGAACGAGCGGCUCCCGCCCCAAUCUCCUCGCGGUUUCUCUGCCCUUGCCCGCCUUUAUUACUUAGUGCGCCCAACCAAAACCGCCAUGCUACGCAGGCUAGAAUUGCUUUCGACAAAUCGACGAAAAGGCGAAACUUAAAUUCUUUUUAAUUUCUUUUGUUCUCAGAGGUUGGAUAUCGCCAAGCUUAACGAUCUCAUUAACAAAGCAGAAGAAAACAUGGUCCAAUUACGGAAACGCUAUGAACGCGCCGUGCAAGAAAGAAAUGAUAUGUGAGUGAAGGAAACUCGAGCGUUUUCCCGUUCUGUUUUAAUACACUGUAUGACAGCGAUUUUUAUUGAAAAGGUCACUUCCACGCAUCUUUUACAUUCAGUGUUCUUUUUUUUCCUGUUUCGUUCAGGGGAAUACACCUCAUCGAAACAAACGAGGAAGUCUGUGUAUUCUACGAGAAGCUUAACAUACAAGGUAAGAGUGUUUUAACAGUUUUUAAACACGGACGAGAGGCCUUUACGUUUACUGACUCUGCUUCCUCUGGCAAAGCUUCUCUUUCUUUGCAUGACAAUCGAAUGCGCCAUAUGUACAAUAACGGCUACUGUACCUUUUGAGGUGUAAAGUGUCUCUUAAACAUCAGAUAUAUCAAAUAUUCUAUUUUAUUCUUUCUUCCUAGACACGAUGAUUCGUAAUGGUGACGUGGAGCUAAAAGCAAGAGAAGAAGAGAUACGCUUUUUGAAGAUGGAGGUAACAAUGAAAUAUUUUAAGAGUUUAUCGUUCGUGUCGAUGUGAGUCCAUUUACAUGUUUCUUUUCUUAAGAGACUGACAACGAGUUUGAUUUGAUGCUGACCAUUGUUCACGGGUAGUUUGCUCAACGCUAAGGAUGACGCUUAGAAUUAAAAUCAUAAAAUUGGCGCUUUAGAGCAUGAUAAGUUAAUCCCUCCUGCGUAUUUCAUUAUCUUAAGCAAAAAAGAAACUGCAGCUGUCAUCCAGACUACAUCACAAAAACCAAUGUCCCGAGAAAAAACAAGCGAAAGUUGGGAUUGGCUCGCGCACGCGAAUUUUAGCAGUUCCUCUUGCGCGGAGCUCGUGGAAAUAAUCAACUGAGCAAAACGAAAAUUGAAACCUCAACGGACUGCUUUCCGUCAGUUUUAGUUGGGGGAUGUUAUGUGAGGCAAAUUGACCGAAUAAUCUAUCUCACAAAGGUGGCCUUAGAUUCUAACUAACUGAAUGCUUGUCCUUCAGGUAAAUGAGCUAAAGCGAUCUGUUGCAGUGGCUCAAAAGAACAUGCCAAACAAGAGAGCUCUGGAUAAUGAACUGGUUACCCUUCAAAUACAAGUAGGUUAUAAGCGACUGAUUUUAAUCUUAACUCUUCCUACACGGACCCGAAUUAGGUUAUCACUGCGUUUUUGCGUCCGUGAUUUUCUGGGUGCUCGUCCCGAAACUGUGUUGACUAUAGGUGUCCGGGACCCUUUGUUCGGUUGAGUGCUUUAAAAAUACCCAUAGUGUGCACUGAAAUGUUGACAUUUGUGCCAUAUCUGAUAACCGAGAACAGCUUUUGUUCCCCUAUAUUGUGUUUUUUCAUUGUGUAGUUCCCAAAAAAAACUGAUCCAUUUCCCCCCCUCCCGAAGGAGGGCACUUUACCUCCCCCCCCACCCCCUUGGAAUUUUCAUUCCAGGUGGUGCUUGUCAUACCCCCUACCCCCUGGAAUUUCCAUGAUUUUCCGUCUUGGUUCGGUACCCCAUGAAAAUAAUAUUUCCGUCAAAAAUGCUGUUGCAGUAUACUAUCAUGCGAAAUAUAAUCGUGUCUGAGACUAAGCGAGAAAAAAUCUUCUCAUUCAUGUUAAUACAUGGUCUAAUAUUUUCAAUUUUGCCCUGUAGAGAUAUUUCUUAGCUAAUAAUAAACGGUAAGCCGCUGCCGAAGAGCAACAACUCCCCAAUGUUACUUGGAUCCCCGGAAAAAAAGGCCUCAAAAGGCCACCCCCACCACCUCUGAAACUGCCUACUUUUGGACUCACCCCCCCCCCCCCCCCCCCCCAUUUUUUUCCCCCCCGGGGGGGGGUGGUGCACAGUGGGGGUGUUUUAAAACUACCCACCUCCAGAGUUUCCUGCUAGUUCUCUUCUAAAUUUUUGGGAUGGUUUUUGAACAUGUCGACAAAAGAUUUGUUUUUAAUCCAAAUAAAAUUGAUUUUUUAUAAAAUAGAAUGUCUCACUAACAAGCAAAGGUAGCGCGCCGCCGGAGCGCAACCACCCCCCAACCUUCCUUUGCUCCCCCGAAAAAAAGGCCUUAACCGCCCCCCCCCCCCCCCCCCCGAACUCCCUUUUUUUUGGGUCCCCCCCCCCCCCCCCUUACGGAAUUUUCGUUACCUUCGUGGGGAUGUAGUGCACAGUGAAGUUGUUAUCAAGCUACCAGUUCCGAAUGUUCUCGGCUAGUUCUCUAAGAUAAUUGUCAGUAGGUGUUCAAGACUGUGCAUGAAUGAUUUGAAUUACAUCCAAAUUAAGUUUAGAUUUGAACACGCACGGAAUUGGUGAAGUCCUUUAACGCUGUGGACUAAAAAUACUUUUUUCGCAAAGAAAACACAACCAACGGCAAGAAAGUAAGCUCCAUUUUGUCGGUUGAUUAGGAGUUGGAAGGUCUGUGUAUGCAUGUCUAAGAGAUACCUCUUUGCCCUUGGUGAGACACUAAACGUACCUUUCUCUUAUGGACGAAGUUGACUUUAGCUGCACGUUUCUGGAAAGACCUGGAAGCUUUUCGGGCCCGGAAAGCUGAUUUAUUUUUGCCGUGUUUGCAUUCAAGUUUCAAUAAUUUUGAAAAUGAUACAAUGAAAAUAUCAGUUAAAGAAGCAAAAUUGACUGUUUUGCGAGCUAGGGACUAUGCUACUAUUCAAUAGUUUUUGAAUUUGAAAUUUGCUUUCCGGCCCAAAAAGUUACCGGCCUUUCGGGAAACAUGUUUCAGAAGCGAUAGGAGUGUUGACAUUCUCUUGUUCGGUUUCAGCUUGUCUCUUGUCGAGAAAGACUCGCCAUGCUCGAGAAACGUCUCGAAGAUCCGUCGGAUGAGACCCGUGUUAGGCUUCUGGGAGGCGCAGAUCCCGAACCUGAGGUGCUCGCUAAGAAAAUUGAAGAACUGGAACUAAGGCUAGCUGAGAAGGAAGAAAAACUUUUAGAAAAAGAUUUAAUCUUUGAAGAAGUAACCAGACUAGCGGACAGAACAAAGAAAAAAUCAGAAACUGGCAAGGAAGAUACCCUGGAAUUAGCCAAGAAGGUUUGUUUGUAAUUUCGUUUUUUUUGUUUUUUAGGUUUUCCCCGGCUUUCGGGGAGGUUUCCGAGAGAAGAUUAAGACGUAUGAUGUGUCGAAAUGGCGGCAAAUUUGAACGUUGCAAAAAAAUCUAUGCAGAAUUUUGUGUGCAAAGGUUCCUCUUAGUAGUGUGCACUUUCAAUUAAAAAAAUAAAAACCUUUAGGUUAUAGGCGCUUUAGGGAGUAUUGUUGAUUGGAACUUGAGUUUUGUUCUUCUGUCUGGGCACCACCAAGCUCUUUGGGUGAAUACUGAAUAGCGCCGCUGAUCCUACGUUUGAACAACCGGUUCCUGGAACGUACUACUGACCUUUGUUUUAAAAUCUCUUUUUGAUAUAAAUAAACGUUUGUUUCUUCAGGUAAAUGAAUAUCAGGCUAAGAUAAAGGACACGACGCGUAAAAUGAUGGCGCUGGUAUCGGAACUAUCCAUGAACCAAGCGGAAGCCAUGAAGCUUCAACAAGAAGUGAAGGGUAAAGAACAAGAGCUAGAACAAAGUUAUGUGCGCAUGGAGAGAGGCGAGGCUCCUAAUGAAGAGGCCGAGAGAGAAUGGCUUAGAAUGGUACGAGAUGAAGCACGCAGGGAGAAGGAGUUGAUAGAAAGGAAGGAGGUAUACUAUAGUGACAUUAAAAAUAAUACUAUUAAAUAAAGUUGAAUAAAUGAACUUAUUGUUUCAGCACUUCUAAAAAAGAAGUAAUGAUCAACGCCUCAAGUAAGUUUUCAUACAAUUCCAAUCAGAUUCCAAAGUGGGGUUCAACAUAAAGGAGGGAUCAUGGCCGCAUAACAAGAGCAUCGACUGGAAAUUCGGGGAGCCCACAAGGGGUUUUAAUCAUUUUAGAAUUCAUUAAUUUACAUGUAAUAAUUUACCUCUAUUGGAUGUCUGUAAGCUAGUUGAAACACAAACAAAGUAUUUGUUUUUUCGUGACAUUUACAUUUUUAACUUGUACAUCGUUGUAAAAAUACGACAAGUCUGUUGCAGUCCUUAUGAAUUUUAUCUCUUCACUCAAAAGCCAGAUCUACGUUGUUCAGAAUACCUCUUUUACGGGGAUAAAAAUAAUAAUAACUUCGUCGUUUUUGAAAGUGCAGUAGAGGUGAUUUCACUUAGUGUUUGAUGCCAAGCUUGCCAUACUUUGUGCCUUUUUGUUUUAUUUUAAAACUCGUCUCACGAAGUAUUCCGACUCUUUUUUUUUUCAGCGUGAAGAGGAAGAAGAACACUAUCGCCUGCCUGGCGGUAUUUACACCACUGCUGAACCUCGACCCAAUGCUUAUAUCCCAGAUGACGACUCCGAGUUACCCAUCCCCAGGCCCUAUGGGUCACUAGCGCCAUUCAAGCCCACGGAACCAGGUUCCACCAUGCGGCACAUUAGAAAACCUGUUAUAAAACCCAUAGAGAUAUAAUAAUCUUAAAGUGUUCACACACAACAGCUUGGUUGCUGUGUAAUUAGGGAUUUAUUUCUUUGAAGACUUGAAUAGAUUUGACAGAGGGGUUGCACUUUUCUGGCGUUGUAAAUAAAUGUUUGUACGAAGGUAUUUAUUUCUUCCUGUAGAUAGCAAAAAGAAUUUAUUAAACAACCUGCAGUUCUUGG